AUGGAUUAUAAACAAGAAGAAUAUACAAAUGAAUCAUAUAGUUCGACUGAAAUUAAAAAAACAGAUAAAGAAAUUGAGAAAGAGAGAAAAAAAAAAGAAAAAGAGAGAAAAUUUAUAGAAAAGAAAGAACUUCAGGCGAAAAGCACUGUUAAUUUGACUAAGAAAGAAAAAAAAACGAAAAAACAUGAAUUUGUUGUUGAAGAUGAAUAUAUAGAGAUUACUCCAUUAGGACAAAAGAAAAUUCUUCAAAAUUUAGAUUUACCUGCAUUAAAAAACUAUAACCCUCCUGCAGUGGAAUCAGCAUGGUAUGAAUGGUGGCAACAUGAGGGUUUUCAUUUGCCAGAAAUGGGACCUGAUGGGAACUGUAAAUCUGAAGGAUCUUUUGUCAUACCUGUUCCACCGCCAAAUAUUACUGGUAUACUUCAUAUUGGGCAUGCACUUACUGUUGCUAUUCAAGAUUCUCUUGUUAGAUGGCAGCGUAUGAAAAAUAAAACGGUCCUUUUUUUACCAGGAUUUGAUCAUGCAGGGUUAAGUACACAAAGUGUUGUAGAAAAAAGAUUAUGGGUGCAAGAAAAGAAAACAAGACAUGAUUUUUCAAGAGAAGAGUUUGUGGAUAUUGUCGUUAAAUGGAAAGAAAGUUAUUCUGCCAAAAUCAAAAGUCAAUUAAUGCGUCUUGGUGGAUCAUAUGAUUGGUCUCGUGAAGCUUAUACUAUUGACGAUAACAUGUCAAAAGCGGUUAUUGAGCAUUUUGUGCGGUUACAUGAAGAUGGAGUUAUUUAUAGAGCUAAUAAAAUUGUUAAUUGGUGUACUUUUUUGAAUACAACGUUAUCGAAUUUAGAGGUUGAUCAAAUUGAACUUUCUGGUCGUACAUUGUUGAAGGUUCCUGGUUAUGAUAAACCUGUAGAAUUUGGAGUUCUUGUUUAUUUUGCAUACGAAAUAUAUGAAUCCAAUGAAAGAAUUAUUGUAGCAACAACCCGUUUGGAGACAAUGUUGGGUGAUACGGCUAUUGCUGUGCAUCCGGAUGAUCACCGUUAUAAACAUCUUCAUGGAAAAAUGGCCAAACAUCCUUUCGUUGAUCGCUUAUUGCCUAUAAUUACUGAUAGUAUUUCUAUUGAUAUGACUUUUGGAACAGGUGCUGUAAAAAUUACUCCCGCUCAUGAUAUAAAUGAUUAUGAAAUUGGGAAACGACAUAAUUUACUAUUUAUUAAUAUUUUAAAUCCUGAUGGGACAAUGAAUGAAAAUGCAGGUGAUUGGAAGGGAUUAAAGAGAUUUGAUGUUCGUGUAUUAAUUGCAGAAGAGCUUAAAAAGAGGGGUCUAUUUGUUGAUAUUAAAGAUAAUCCUAUGAUUAUUCCUAUUUGCAGUAAAUCAAAGGAUAUUAUAGAGCCGUUAAUAAAGCCUCAAUGGUGGGUAAAUCAAAAAGCAAUGUCCAUAGAUGCAUUAAAUGCUGUUAAAAAUGGUGAAAUAAAAAUUGCUCCUAAAACGUCUGAACGAGAUUUUUAUCGUUGGAUGGAGAAUAUUCAGGAUUGGUGUAUUUCACGUCAACUUUGGUGGGGACAUAGGAUUCCUGCUUAUUUUGUUAAAAUAGAAGGAGAAGUUCAGGAUUAUGCAGAAAACAAAUGGUGGGUUUCUGGACAAAGUAAAGAAAUUGCUCAAGAAAAAGCUAAAAAGCUAUUUCCUGGAAAGUCUUUUAUUCUUGAACAAGAUGAAGAUGUUCUUGAUACAUGGUUUUCAUCAUGUUUGUGGCCAUUUUCUACUUUAGGUUGGCCAAAAGAAACAGAUGAUUUUAAAAAAUUUUAUCCUAUGUCUUUAUUAGAAACUGGCUGGGAUAUUUUAUUUUUUUGGGUUGCUCGUAUGAUAAUGGUAGGAAUAAAAUUGACUGGUCAAGUCCCAUUUAGAGAAGUAUUUUGCCAUUCUCUUGUAAGAGAUUCUCAGGGAAGAAAAAUGUCAAAAAGCUUGGGAAAUAUAGUGGAUCCAAUAGAUGUUAUUGAAGGAAUUUCACUUGAAGACAUGAAUAAGAAAAUAUCUGACAGUAAUCUUGAUAUAAAAGAGCAAGAAAUUGCAAAAAAGAAUCAAAAAAAGAAUUUUCCGAAUGGUAUUCCUCAGUGUGGAACAGAUGCAUUAAGAUUUGCUCUCUGUGCAUAUACUACUGGAGGACAUGAUAUAAAUCUUGAUAUUUUACGUGUAGAAGGAUAUAGAAAAUUUUGUAAUAAAAUAUAUAAUGCUACAAAAUAUGCUUUGUUAAAAUUAGGUACUAAUUUUAUACCGAACCCUAAGGAUUAUAAAUCUGGCAACGAAUCACUUGUGGAACGAUGGAUUUUGCAUAAAUAUACAAAAGCAGUCCAAGAAUUAAAUACAGCUUUAGAAGAAAAGAAUUUCUAUAAUGCUACUAAUGUUAUUUAUAAUUUUUGGUUAUAUGAAUUUUGUGAUAUUUAUAUAGAAAAUUCUAAAGUUAUUAUUGAUAAAGGGACUUUUCAAGAAAAAAAAUCUGCACAAGAUACUCUUUAUACUUGUUUAGAUGGUGCACUUAGAAUGACCCAUCCUUUUAUGCCUUUUAUUACAGAAGAAUUAUGGCAAAGGCUUCCAAGAAGACCUGGAGAUACUACUAUUUCAAUAGUUAAGUCUAGAUUUCCAGUAUAUAAUUCAGAAUUUAACGAUGAAUAUGCACAUACAAGUUACAAUCUUGUUUUUUCUCUUAUACAAACAGGUCGUUCAUUGAUGGCUGAAUAUAAUAUUAGAACAAAUGCUCAGCUUUAUUUCCAAGUAAAUGAUUCUUUGGUUAAUAUUUUAGAGUCCCAAAUAAAUAUUAUUUUAUCAUUAAUUAAAGGAUGCAAAAGUAUUAAUAUUCUUAGAAAUGAUGUGUCCCAACCAGAAGGGUGUAUAAUAGCAACUGUACAUGUGGAUUGUAAUGUAUUACUUUUAGUAAAAGGUCAAGUUGAUUUUGAUAUUGAAAUAGAAAAAGCAAAAAAAAAGAUUGAAAAAAAUAAAUGUUUGAUUUUCGAAAUAGAAAAACAAAUAAAUAAAGAAGAUUAUAAUACUAAAGUUCCUGAAACUGUUAAAUUAGAAAAUAUGAACAAAUAUAAUGUAUUUAUGUCAGAGAUAGCAUCACUUGAAAAAGUUAUUUCGGAUUUUCAGAGAUUUAAGAUAUAA